AGGGCCACCUGCUGCAUGGCUGGGAGGUGCCACGUGAUCACAGGCAGGGCCUGCCCCUGCCUGUCCCAAGAUGGCGGCAGCGGGAGGGCCGACGCGGUGACGUCAGCAGGCACGCCAGGUGGGCUGAUGCCGAGCCCGGGGAGGGCCUGAGCGUGAUUCGGGAGGCGGCUACGGCAGCCGACGGGGGACAAGUCAGGUCCGCUCCGCGCCGCUAGUCCCCUCGCGGCUGCUGCUGUCAGACCGGCCGCUUCCUCGCUCGCCCCGCCGCCGCCAUGGCCGGCUACGAGUACGUGACCCCCGAGCAGCUGGCCGGCUUCGACAAGUACAAGUACAGUGCGGUGGACAGCAAUCCUCUCUCUCUCUAUGUUAUGCACCCGUUCUGGAAUACUGUCGUGAAGAUUUUCCCUACAUGGUUGGCUCCAAAUCUGAUAACAUUUUCUGGCUUCCUGUUGCUUGUCUUCAACUUCUUCCUCAUGGCAUACUUUGACCCUGAUUUUUAUGCUUCCGCACCUGAUCGUGAGCAUGUUCCGAAUCGAGUGUGGGUCAUGGUGGGUCUCCUCAACUUCGUGGCGUAUACACUUGAUGGUGUUGAUGGGAAGCAAGCGCGCCGAACGAACUCCAGCACUCCCUUGGGGGAGCUCUUUGACCAUGGCCUGGACAGCUGGGCCUGCAUGUUCUUCGUAGUGACCGUUUACUCCACCUUUGGGCGGGGAUCCAAUGGUGUCAGCGUCUUCGUUCUCUAUCUGCUCUUAUGGGUGGUUUUGUUUUCCUUCAUCCUCUCCCAUUGGGAGAAAUAUAACACAGGGAUUCUCUUCCUGCCCUGGGGAUAUGACAUCAGCCAGGUGACCAUUUCAGUUGUCUACAUAGUGACAGCGAUUGUGGGAGUUGAGGCCUGGUAUGCACCUUUCCUGUUUAAUUUCUUAUAUAGAGACCUAUUCACUGCAAUGAUUAUUGGGUGUGCGCUCACAGUGACUGUGCCCAUGAGUUUGAUUAACUUUUACAAGGCCUAUAAAAGUAACACUCUGAAGCACAGGUCAGUGUAUGAAAUCAUGCUGCCGUUCUUCUCGCCAGCGUUGCUGUUCAUUCUGUGCAUGAUCUGGAUCUUCAUGUCACCAUCAGACAUCCUGGAGGUCCAUCCCAGGCUCUUCUACUUCAUGGUUGGAACAGCCUUCGCCAACAUUUCAUGCCAGCUGAUCGUGUGUCAGAUGAGUAGUACCCGGUGCCAGCCUCUCAACUGGAUGCUGCUGCCAUUAGCCCUGGUCAUCUUUGUGGUGGUCUCUGGAGUUGCACCCCACUGGGAAAAUCUUCUUCUAUACCUACUGACUGCUCUCAUUACCCUGGCACACAUCCACUAUGGAGUAGGAGUGGUAAGCCAGCUGAGCAAACAUUUCAACAUCCGGCCUUUCUCGCUAAAGAAGCACAGUACGGAUUGACUGGAAGUAGAAGAAGAAAAAAGCAGCCUGCAGUCUGCACAAGUACUGUAAAUACCUGCUGGAAAUAGCCUGAACUUCAACCAUCACCACAGACCUACAUCGAUCUUCUGGACAGACGCUGGGGCAGCGGGGGCUGGCACUGGGGCUAGAUCCCCAACUGCCAUUGAGAAAACACGUACCGCCCUAUGGUGAAACCAGAUGAGGGGAGUAGCCUUUCCAAUUAUUCCUGUAUAUUAGACUAGCUGAACACCCUCAAGCCCCAACUCUGCACCAGUAGAGCUGGCUUGGGAACAUGGAUGGCAUCGCUCAGAACGCAGAGUGCCUAAACCUGUCAUGGUCACCAAAAAUAGUCUGGCAGCCGAGUUAGUAGCAGUGGCCUCAACACAUCUGUAACGGAGACGUUUGAGCUGCAGGGUCAGUGAGGAACGUCUUCGUCACACACGCGGCUGUCUAGUGUUAGACCCUGUCAGAUGACCUUUCUCCCUUGAUGUUCCCCGGCGUGCACGCACACGUCCAUUCAUGCAAAAUGUUUGUUUAGAAGCUUCAAAUGAUAUUCCAUUAGGAUGAUUUGGAAAUUGAGGGGUUUGACUAAGUGGUUAAGGCAGCUUCCCCCCCCCCAUCCCCCAUUUUUCCAGCUGUGGGUAACUGGGACCAUAUCCUGACAGUAUCCUUCUUGUUAACCAUACAUUGGCCACAUGCAUUCUUUAAUCACAAGUCCAUGAAGGGAACUUGAGCUCUUAGGAGCAAUGGUUAUUUUGGGGUGGAGGGUGGCUUAUAAUCACCUGCAAGAGCUAAAAUAGCAGAUGGCCAAAUUCUCCCUUCUGAUAAAUCAGUGCAACCUCAUUUAAUGCAAGAGGGUUGGCUUGCAGGGGGAAGGAGGGUCAUUACAUGCUACAUGGAGCUUGUCUCAUUUCAGACUUGCGGUAUGAACUACAAGUUGUGUGCACGUCCCUGUGAAGGGUGGGACGAUCUCUAUAUAUGCAGUCUCUCCGCUCCAGAUAACUGCAUUGUGGCAAAUCCCACAGCUUGGAAAAGCACCUGAAUAGUUCUUACAACAGCUGACAUGCAUAUACACUUGUGGAUAUUUUAUUUGGGGAAAAGUAGAGGUGAUUUUUUUUAAUAUAUUCUCAUUUAAUGUAGGUCACACCUGUCCCCAUGACUAGGCCACACAUCUCAUCCCGUGAGAUCUUUCUGUUUGCCAUCUGUUAAGCCGUUUGUGUUCAGUGGUUUUAUUUUUUUAAUUCAUUUAAUUGCGUGGUGGUGAAGACUGAGUGCUGAUUUUUCUUUUCUGUUCCUUGUAUUUAAUGAAGAUUUGUGCUUGAAUGAAGAGUGCAACCUAAACCCAGGCUCUGGACAGGCUGCACUCGGAAGCGAGCAAGCACAACGAAUGUUCAUAUAUAAUGUAUUGUGGGAACAAAUUCAUUCAUACCUGGGGAGUAAUAUCUUGGUCAUGGUGUAUUCCUUCUGUGGGUGAAAAGUCUCCUGCACUAGGAAAACGUAACUGUAAUUACUAUUUAACACUUUUCUUUUGUAAAUUUAAAUCAUUGUCAUGCAAGUUGUACGAAACAAAACAUCCAGAAGUCAGUUCACAGCAUUUCUUGUAAAUAGGUUGGUUUUAAUUUGAACUCGAAUUCUCACUGUAGUGUCCUGUACAAGAUCAUAAGUGACGGGUAGAGGUACACCCUGCAAGACACAUGGGGGAGAAUUUAAUUUCAAGUGGGAAAAUAUCAUCACUGCUUCCAUCUCCAGGUGUUCCCAUCAUGUGUUUUGGCUGUGGGGGCGAUUGGACUAAACACGUUUUAGUUGUUUUGUUAGUGUGUCAUGACUGUACGUCAGGAACUGGAGGAAGGUGUUCAUCUGGGAGAGGAAAAAACCUUUUAUUCCCCCCUCGGAGUUUAUUAAAUAAGUAGCUUACUCUCUCAUAUAUAUAUUACUGACAUUGUACAGAAAAAGCUUAAGUGUACAGAGGAAUUGGGUUGUGCUUGAAGUUUUGAUACUCGUAACUGUUGAAUUCAAUAUAUAAUUAUGGGCAAAUUAACUUAAUGUUUCUUGUGAACUACAAGUUAAGAAUUUGAAACCAGCUGUUGAAAAUGGGGCACACAGUUUAACUAUCUGUGCAACAUUUUCCUACUGCAAAAUCCACCUUUGCAGCAGCGAUGUUGCUGAGCUUGGGUUUUUCCGUUUGCAUGCUGAUGGAUCAUGGAAUACUUGGGCCAGUUCCCCAUGACUAGUCACGUGAAGACAUUUCAGGGUCCCAAGCAUGAAGCCGAAUGUUAUGCAUUUCCUUUUAUCGCAGGUCCCAUUUCCUCUCCCCAUCCCCACUCCCCUGGCAGCACGGCUGUGUUCGGACUUGGGUGGCAUGAACAUUGCGAGUGUUCAGACUGCAGUGGCUGCUCGGUUCCCUAAUGCUCUGUUCCUCUGGCUGCAGAGUAGUACGUUGAACUGUUCCUUUGGGCAGCGCAUGGAAACAAACCCUGCAAAAAACACCCUGUCCGUUGUGUGGAGGCUGGCAGCUAGAGCAGGACUUGCAAUCUAAACGCCUUCAUGCAUUUUAUUGACACUUUCUUAGGCAGGAUGUCUCAAAACCUGGAGCUGCCUUUUACGUGUACAGGCUUAUCUUUGGGGAGUCAUGGAAUUUGGUGCCUUAACUUAUUGCAUGUUGGGGCUAGCAAAACAUCUACUAUCAAGGUAUGCUAGAAACAAGUUUUAAUGCUGCUCGAGUUCAGGCAGAUGAGGCCAGGAUGAACUCUAACCUGUCCGAUUCUGCUCUCUGGGCACGUUCUGCCCCCCAACACAAUAAACGGUUUUCAUUUGCGCAGUUUUUAUCUGAAUGUAGUGACUGAUACGCUUGAUGUCAUGGAUUCUGGGGCAUUAAAUGUUCGAUCAGAAACAGACAAAAUCACAGUCACCCCACCAAAAGUGUGUGUGUGUGAGGGAGCAAAUCUUUUGGGUUGGUUUAUUUUUAAAGAAAACUGUUGUUUUCUCCUAAUUCGGUCAUUAAAGAUAAACUCGUUCUCUAGUGAAGGGCUGGAUUUGGUCAUCCUUGUUCCCAUCUCUGAAAUACUCAGUGAGGUAAAUUGUACCUUAGCCUGGAAUAUUGGCAGGAAGAGCUGAGCCUUGGGGAAUAACACCUCUAGGCUGUCCAUGUGCCCGAGUCAGGUAGUGUACAUAAGUGGCUUCAAAAUGGACUGUUCCAUGUCUUAACUCGGUUUGUCGUUAAAUCUCCACAAGCCGGUUGCCAUAACGUCCUGCUCCUGUUCCUGUGCUAGAGACUAGCCGGAGCACUGUGAAAAUAGACCAGUGGCUUGCUGAAGACACUUGGACCCAUCGCGUUCCUGCAAUUAGGGAUCUUUGGUUGAAGUGAGUGUUGGAAGCCUUGGGAGCGGACACAGAUGCCAUCACGUGGCUUCUUCCACUCAGAAAAACGGUUCGUUACACACGCAGCUUCAUUUCCAUGCUGUCGUCUUGAGCGUGUGGAAUGCAGGCUUGCAGUUUGCCCCAAGCCUGCAGUCCCGUCCCGCCCAAAUCCCAUGCAAAGUCUUCUGCCAACCCCCAGAGUUCACCCUCAUGACUGUAAAAUCUGGCUCAUGGGACAUGCAUUUAGCUGGGGUGCGUAUGUGCAGGUUUAACAGCUCUCUGAAGUCACUGGUAUGUUAAUGAAAGUAGCUGCUGUGGUCCAAGUUAGCGUCCCUCACAAGCAUUUCUGUUGUAGUUGGUCCAUCGGGUGCAAACAAUAGGGAAGGCAGGAACUAUAGUGUUGAGAUUGUACCUGGCCUUCCCAUGCCUGCUGUGCCCUGUACGGUGGCUGAUCUGUGAAUUUAUCGUGCUCGCUGCCUGAUCUAGGGUACCGAUGGGGAAUCAGUCAACACAGAAUCUCAUGGCUUUUUUUUUUUUUAAAUGAAUGACUCAUGUUCAUGCAGUUUGGGGGGGUUUGGUCACUAUGGCAAAAAUAUUCAAUCUUGGGUUUCCAGAGUUAGGCUCCUGCAGUCCAUACUGAAGUUCCUAAAUAGAACUGGCCUUUAAAAAUCCAGUGUCUUCUGUCUGGGCUCCUAAACCUUAGCCCCCAGGUGAGAAUGUUUUGGCCUGUUGUGACUUUCCAAAGUGACCCAUCAGAUUUGUUGUAUUUUUAUAAAUGUUGCAUUUUUGGAAGCUGUGGCCCAGCGGAAUUUUCCUACACGCUGAGGACUGGUCUACGCUACUGCUUAAGUUGAUGUAACUUACAUCGCUCAGGGGUGUGAAAAAGACACCCCGCCCCACCCCCGCGAGCAACACCAGUGACAUCGACUUAAGCGCUGACCACGCUGGCGCUGUCGGUAGGAGACGCUCUCCCGUCGUCGGCACAGUGGGUCUUCCCCAGACACGCUACAGCAGCUCGGCUGCAUCGGUGUAGCCUCGUAACGUAGACUUGCCCUUCAAAGAUACACUCAGCACUGCCACUUCCUAGGCACGUAACUUGAACAGCUGUGAAGCUCUUGUGGUGAACAGUGGCAUAAAAAAGCAACUUGGAUUUAGGUGACUUGGUUUGUUUGUAAAGGAGACCUGCUCCUCUUUCCUUGUGGUGCAGCACUGGGAUGAUGGUAAACCAUCUGCCUGCUGAAAGCCACCGGAGAACCUUUCUCUGCCGUGGGUGGUGUUCGUUUUACGUGGUGUGCCCGCUCGCUGGGGGCCUCUUGGGCUGGUGGGCUGAGAUCAGCUGGGCUGUCUUAGAGCUUGUUUGUGCUUUGCUGAAAUGCAGCUGGACAGCAAACCGGGCAAGGGCUGUAGUAGCCAAAGGAAGCCUUUGCUAGUACCCGGCUUGCCUCCUGUACCCAUCUACCUCACAGCAUUGUAUCGGCGGUGGCGCCACGCCAGGGCUGCGGCGGCCGUGGUUUGUGGGUGACUUGGAGCGUGGUUGCCACAGAAGUUUGUUUAACCUCUUUGCUGCUGACCAAGGUCUUGAUUAAAUCAGAAAAACCCACCAGUGCAGCGGGACUUGUCAGUGCCGCCUGUUUCCUGUCUUAGGGCAGCAGCGAAAAAACGUAACAGAACAGGGAGGUAUCACUUCGCAUCACGUUCUUAGCAGACCUGCGUCCCAGAGGAAAGCUGUUUGCUACCUGUACCUCAGCCAGCCACCAUCCUGGCGUCUUACGGAACAUGCUCCAGGAAUAAAGAUCUAUUAAUAGGUAGUGCUAGUCGUUACUCACCCGUUAAUUGUUCGGGUGCAUUUGGUUUGGAGUGAUGGUCUCGUUUCCAGAUAUAAAUCUGCCUCAUUCGCUCCAUUCUGCCAGGACCUAUUUGUUAUUACUUGACAGCUGGUCAGACUGGUCCAGUGUGACAUGCUUUUUGGGCAGCAAGAAGUUCUUUCUGACACCGCAUCCCCUGCCAGGGCAGCCUUUAACUGAGUGCAGAGUCAACUAAACCAAAUGGUGUGCUUUGGGGGCAGGCGGGCGGGAGACCCGAGCUGAAAGUGCUCGGGAAGGUGACUCUGUAACAAUGACGUUGUGGGCUCCGUGUUUGUAUCUCCCAGGCUUCCAGAUCAAAUGGAUCUUCUACCUGCCAGCCCUGCUCAUUCAAUCUGAGAGUCGAGCUGGGCUCUUCCCGGCUAUGUAUCAUCCCCAGCAAUGGAGACAGUGCAGGCCACACCCUAUCCUCAGUUACGCCCAUACAACGGAAGGCAAAGCAGAGCAGAAUCCUCCUCGUUCGGGCUCUGCAGGGCUAAUGGCGUUGGAAUGGAAAAGGCUAGUAGCUGUGGGUGGGAUUUUCCGAAGUAUCUGACUUUCACUGGGACUUGUCACUUAGGUGCAGGUCUGUUGAGUAAGAAGGGGGCAUCUUAAUUGACUCUUAGCAUACAACUGUCUGCUCCCUUCACUCUUUGGGCUAAGGGGGAAGUAACCCCCGUGACACUCCCCACACCCCCCGCCUACAGAAACAAAAACUUCCGGGGCAAGUAACUGUAAUGUGGACCCAUCGUGUUUCCUGAGCCUGGCCCUGUGUGACUGUGGCCUGGUAUCACUGCUCAGAGCACCUCUGCGUGUCAUUUCACUGCAGCGAGUGGGUCUGCCAGCACAUCCCGUCAUAUCCCACCCAGGUAAGCCAAUAGCCUGGCCGGGACCAGUCACCGCUAAGCAAACUGAUUGUACAGAGCUUUAAAUAAACAGAAAAAUACAGUAUAAAUAUUGUCUUGUCAAUGCAGAGUUCUGCCAAACCUGCGUUUCUCAUCAGGAUCCAUGUCUCUCUCUCUCUCUUGUUGGGAGCUUAGAGUACUGCUGUGGAUUUGAAUGCCAAUCUGUUAAAGGCGAUUGCUGAUAAAUAUUUAUUGUAAAAAAUAAAUAUUGAAAAUAAAACUUCAGUAAAGAAUAAAAUUUUCCAAGCCUUUUA